GUCAUAUACGCUGUGAGCGCAUUGGCCAAGUCAUUGUACAACCGAAUGUUCGGCUGGCUGGUGACUCGAGUUAACAAAACCCUCGAUACGAAGAUCAAGCGGCAACAAUUCAUCGGCGUACUAGACAUUGCCGGGUUCGAGAUCUUCGAUGAGAACGGAUUCGAGCAGAUCUGCAUCAACUACACGAACGAGAGACUUCAGCAAUUCUUCAACCAUCACAUGUUCGUGCUGGAACAGGAGGAGUACAAAAAGGAGAACAUUCAAUGGACCUUCAUUGACUUUGGUAUGGACCUGGCCGCCUGCAUUGAACUCAUUGAAAAGCCAAUGGGCAUCCUCUCCAUCCUCGAGGAGGAGUGCAUGUUCCCUAAGGCCAGCGACCAGACAUUUAAGGCCAAACUGUACGACAACCAUCUCGGCAAGAGUCCCAACUUCACGAAGCCGAAACCGCCCAAACCGGGCCAGCCCGAGGCCCACUUUGAGCUGCAUCACUACGCGGGCAUUGUACAUAUUUUAUUCUUCACUCUGAUUCAUGAAUAUUUUGUCUCCUUCAAAAUAAGAUUUAUUUAUAUUGGACAUAUGUAA